AUGGACAGAAACAACAACAACGCGCAGAUAAUAAUGAAACGAACGUCCAGAGAAAGUCGACGACGUCAAAGCUUGGAGAGAGAGAACGACGAGUUGAAGAAUAUGGUGGAAAGAUUACAAGAAAGAUUGGAGCUGACGACGACGAGGAGCGGCGUCAGCACGACAUCAUUAUCGUGCGAGUCGGAGAACGGAUCAGACGUGGAAGCUUCGAGCGCGUUCUAUUUACCCACGAAAGAUGACGAUCGAAGGAUGCAAAAACACGGAGGGCAAGAACAACAACGUCGUCAUCAUCGUAAUCAUAGUCAUUCACCCCGGGAGAACGCGAGGGUUGGAACGCCCAGGAAAUCCAUGCAAGGCCACGACGCCGUGAGGCCAGAUUUUUUCCAAAAUUCAAACAAGAAACUUCCUCAAGGAUGGGAAGGCGUGCACGACCUCAUCGAAGAAGGCGAGUACGCCGGGUGGUUGAUUAAUCCGAAACAAAUAACCAUGCUGAAUGAGAUCGGGAAAGGUUGCGAAGGCACGGUGUAUAGAGCAAAAUGGGGAGGCGCUACGGUGGCGGUGAAGAACGUAGGCGCGAGAAACGCCAAGCAGGCGAAAGCGCUGGUUCGAUCGACGGAAAUCUCUGUAAAAUUGAGACAUCCAAACGUCCUUCCCUUACUCGGGGCGUAUUUUAACCCGUUUGGGGAUUCGUGUUUGAUGUUCCCGGUGAUGCUAGUUGGGACAAUGAAGCAAUGGUUGUAUAGCGAUUUGGAGAAGGGCGGAGUCGGCGCUUUGUUUGGAGGCGGCGCGACAAAGAGUAAAGCGCACAAGUAUAAGAAGCGGCUAAAAGCCGCGUGGGACGUCGCGAAAGGCAUGUCUUACUUAGAAGACAUGUUCAUCAUGCACAGAGACUUGAAACCGUCGAAUAUUUUCAUGAAGAGCUCGGCGAAAGGCUGUGCGGUGAUUGCAGAUUUUGGACUGGCCCGAUACAGCUCCUUGAAAGAUAACGAAAGCACGCCCACGGCUUGUACGGGGACGUUUAUUUAUAUGGCUCCAGAAGUUAUCACCGGCAAGUGGUACGAUACCAAAUGCGACGUUUUCAGUUUUGGCGUCUUACUGAACGAAUUGCUGGAUAGAAAAGCUCCGUAUUCGGGAUCGUACUAUUCGCCGCAACAAAUCGCUCGAGCAGUGGUGGAACAAAACAUGAGACCGAAAGUGUAUUCAAACGAUAACUCGCGAGAUUCGAAACGUUUAGCAAAGUUGACCGAAAAAUGUUGGGUUGCAGAUCCAAACGUGAGACCCUCGUUUGCGGAGAUUAUCAACGAAAUGGAUGCGAUAAUGCCGAGUUUAGGGGUGGAGGACUCCCCGGAGAGCUUUCCGGGUACCGGAGAUUUCGAUGCCGAUCAGGGUCGAGAAUCGGUGUCAAAUACAUCAAGCCCAGGGAGCGCAGAUAAAAAAAAUAAUACAAAUCCCAUACUCGGAAGUUUGAAUAAAGUUCUCGAAGCGUUCUUUUGA